AUGGAUUCUGGUGGACCUCCCCUCAUAUCCAUAUCUCUUACCGACUGGGAUACCGAGCCUCCAGGAAAUUUCGAUGACGAUGAACUUUUGACCUCUGAUGUUGUACGUCGACCAGAGAACGAGUUCACUCAAACAUCCCUCGCAAUCAUACUCCGCAAGACCUUUUUACUUCGCCUCGCGAUUACGAGAUCCUUGAACGAUCUCAGUACGCUUAGUACGUUUGAGGAAGCCAUCAGGCUUGAUACGGAGCUAAGAUCAUCCUACAAAGUCUUGUCCAUGGAACUAAAGAUCCAACUUCAAGAAGAAACAAGUCUUGGACCCGUUUCUUUACGACCAGAUCUUCUUGAUGCUGUAAAAGAUGCCAAAUUUUGGCAUUUGAGAUGCGUUGAGGCUGGGAAUGUGAAUAUGAAAGGAUACUUGUUAAUUUGCAUAGCCAUUGCACAUAUCGAUGCUCUCCGGAAAGGUCAAGCUGGAGAAGAACUCGCAGCAUCAUUAGUCAUAGCUGCGGAAGAAGCGAUAGAGCAAUGUGCGAAGAUACUUGAGAACAUGGCAGCUCAAGGUCAAAAUGAAAAAUGUGACGACGGAUGGUUUGAGUCAGAUGUCGCUAUCGACCCCACUCGACUUGAUAGAGGAUUGGGAUUUCAUGACCAGAAGUUUGCGGCGCAGGCUUGA